UAUAAAUAAGGCAACAACAACCCAAAAAAAACAAUAUUGCAACACAAUUGCUUUACUUAUUUUCAUAUCUAAAGAACAGUUUGUUUCUCUUACUCCGAAAUUGUCGUCCUCAAUUCGUUUGUUUACAUAGAAUCCAUUUCUUUUCUUACGUCUUCUUCCUAGAAAUCACAAUGUUGGUUACUGAACAAGCAAAACCUGGUACUCAUGAACAGGAACAUCAUACUUUAGAAGUGAAGAAGCCUCUCUAUUCCCGUCCUGUCGUUUUGACUACUUACCCAACUCAAAACAAGUCCGACCCUUUUCCGAUGAAUUGGGGAGCUUCAUCACCACAAAAGCGUGGUCCUGUAACAGUCGCUCGCUCCAUUGAGACACUUCCCCAUCGAAACGCCAUUGGCGCUCAUGGCGGCAGCUAUUGUGUUUACAACUCGCUGGCAGUUGCCGGUGGCUUUUUGCCUGCUGAUCACCAUCCGGAUUUUACACUCACAGAGCCUACCUUUGAAUUUCCUGAACUUGCUUCUUGGCACGAUAAGAAUAAAAUUGUCGCUAUGGACCCCUACGGCCAUGAUAUUCCUCGAUGCUUUAAGGAGUACUUGGACAAGGGAUAUGAUGUCCGUCCAACUAUUGCCAUUACGCGUGCUAAUCUCCGAGUAAGUGAAGUACAACGAUCCGUUGAUAAUGGAUCUCUAGCUGUUGAUGGCAAAGUUGUACUGAACAAGGAGGGAGAUAUUGCCGUCACCAAAGUUGCGGUUGAACCUGUCUGGUAUCUUCCCGGAGUCGCUGAGCGCUUUGGCGUUGAUGAGGUGACUCUUCGCCGUGCAUUGUUUGAACAAAUGGGUGGUGCUUAUCCCGAACUAAUAACCCGCCCUGAUAUUAAGAUCUUCCUUCCACCCAUCGGAGGUGCCACAGCUUACAUCUUUGGUCCUCCCGAAUAUCUCAGCGACCCUACGAAGAAAUUGGCCGUCCGUGUUCAUGAUGAGUGCAACGGCUCCGAUGUAUUUCAGAGUGAUAUCUGCACCUGUAGGCCUUAUCUGGUAUUUGGUAUUGAGGAAGCAGCCAAGGAAGCACAGAAUGGUGGAGCUGGCUUAGUUGUUUACUAUCGCAAGGAAGGUCGUGCCCUGGGUGAAGUUGUUAAAUACCUUGUUUACAAUAAGCGCAAGCGUACAGGAGAUACGGCCGAUAACUAUUUCCGCCGAACGGAAGAAUUAGCAGGCGUUCGUGAUAUGCGUUUCCAAGCUCUAAUGCCGGAUAUCCUCCACUGGUUUGGAAUUACCAAGAUUGACCGUAUGCUUAGUAUGUCCAACAUGAAGUAUGAUGCAAUAGUCAACUCUGGAAUCCGCAUCCUUGAACGUGUUACUAUUCCAGAAGAUCUCAUUCCUGCCGACUCACAAGUGGAAAUUGACGCUAAAAUACAAUCCGGAUACUUUUCUAACCAUAAGAAAGUAACGGAAGAGGACUUGGCCUGCGUUCACGGUCGUACCUGGUAAACAUAAGGUUUAUUUUCUGUAACAUCCAUAUGUAGAACGUCUUUUGAAAUUUUGUUUACUUUCUUUAAUUGUUAAUAACUUAGCAUGAAUACUCGCCAUUUUUUAGUCAAGUCCAUUUCUUUUACUUCCAUGUUAAAUGAUAAUUAUAUUUUUUCUAUUCGUCUCUUAUUGAAACAUGACAUAGGAUGUGCUUUUAAAGA